AUGGCUCCCACCCGAGCUUGCGCUCUCCGUCACCGGCUCUUCCGUGAGCCACCAGCACCUCAUGCCUUCGCAGCCGCCGUCCUUGCCGUUGCUCUCCUCGCCGCCGUUGCUCUCCUCGCCGUUGCUCUCCUCGCCGCCGCCGCCGCCCCCGGUGUGACUGUACAGGGCGCGCCGUUAGCGGGGACGGCGUGCGUGAACGAGUUUCCCACGAAGCCGCUGUGCAGGUUCGUGGAUGACCUGGCGGCCGCGCCGCGCGUGGAGAAGCUGCACCGCGACCUGCCGGCCACUCGGCUGUACGCCUAUGGGCUCAACGAGCGCACUGCUCAUUACCCUGGCCCCACUCUCGUCGCCCGACGUGGGAUCGCCACCAAGGUGCGAUGGGAGAACCACCUGAGGGACAAGACGCACAUGUUCGCAGUGGACUAUACCCUCAUGGACGUUGCUAAUCCCAAGCGCGGCAACAUCCCCAUUGGUAACUACCACUUCUCCCCACCCGCAAUCCCCUCCCUCUCCCCAUCGGCCUCCCCUCCCCUCUAUUCGUCUCCAUGUCUCCCUUCACUGCCUUUAAGUGCCAAGUCUCCCCUCUAUCCCUCUCUUUGUCUCCGUUCUCUGCCCUCAAGUGCCGAGACAUCUCAAAAUCCCCACUCUGUGCCACCUCGCUCUGACCCUCCCUGCGCCCCUGCAGUGAUCCACAAGCACGGCGGCGAGACCCCAUCGCACUCCGACGGCCACCCACAGGCGUGGUUCACGCAGUUCGGGGAAACAGGCCCCACGUACCGCUCGCGCCGCUACACCUACCCCAACGACCAGCAGCCGGCUACCCUGUGGUACCACGACCAUGCCGUCGGCAUCACACGCCUCAACGUGGCUGCUGGCAUGGCCGGGCUGUUCCUUCUCACCGACCCCAAAGGCGUCGAGAGGAAGCUUCGGAAGCAGCUUCCAGCCCCGGAGUUUACCCUGCCCCUGGCGAUCUCGGACCGAUCGUUCUUUGCCAACAGGUCCAUUGACUACCUCUCUGGGGGCUGGGAGCCUGAGUAUUUCGGGACCACCAUCCUUGUCAGUGGCUUGGUCUGGCCGUACCUAUCAGUGAGGCGCACGAGGUACCGCUUCCGAGUGCUGGGGGCGGCCAGCAGCCGCUUCUUCAAUCUGCGCUUCGUGUGCGCCGCCCCCGACAACUACCCCGACUUCACCCCGCCCAUCACAGGCCAUGCGCUGCCCAUCAUCCAGGUACGCCCCCUUCCCCUCCUGCUUCGUGUGCGCCGCCCCCUCCAACUACCCCGACUUCACCCCUCCCAUCACAAGAUCGGCACGGACGGAGGCUACCUGCCCCGCCCCGUCACCCGCGCCUCGCUGCUGCUCGCCCCAGGGGAGCGCCACGUCAUUCUCGUCAACUUCACCUCGCUGCCCGCCUCCUGUGCCGACGUCAUCAACGACGCCCCCGCGCCCUUCCCCUCGGGCGAGGCACCGGGCCGCAACGCCACGGGCGUGGUCAUGCGGUUCAUUGUGGAUAGCGCCGGCGCUGUUGUGCCGUCACCGCCCGUCUCCAAGAAGCUCGUGGUGAGUGUGUGUCCUCUGGGGGACGGGCAGCAUGGGUUGGGCGGGCAGCAUGGGUUGGGCGCUCCGCAUGGGUUGGGCGGGCAGCAUGGGUUGGGCGGGCAGCAUGGGUUGGGCGGGCAGCAUGGGUUGGGCGGGCAGCAUGGGUCGGGCGGGCAGCAUGGGUUGGGCGGGCAGCAUGGGUUGGGCGGGCAGCAUGGGUUGGGUGGGCAGCAUGGGUUGGGCGGGCAGCAUGGGUUGGGCGGGCAGCAUGGGUUGGGCGGGCAGCAUGGGUUGGGCGGGCAGCAUGGGUUGGGCGGGCAGCAUGGGUUGGGCGGGCAGCAUGGGUUGGGUGGGCAGCAUGGAUUGGGCGGGCAGCAUGGGUUGGGUGGGCAGCAUGGGUUGGGCGGGCAGCAUGGGUUGGGUGGGCAGCAUGGGUUGGGCGGGCAGCAACGCCACGGGCGUGGGCAGCAACGGCACGGGCGCUGGUGUGUGCACUGUGGGCAGGGCAGGGCAGCAGCAGCACGGGUGUGCUGUGCUGGAAGCUAUUUCCCCCAUUUCCCCCCUCCACCGACCAUCUCUCUGCCUGAGGCUUCUUCCUCCUUAACCUGCUGCGCCCAUCCCAGACAAAUUCUCAUCUCGCCCCUUCUCCCCUUCCCAAGCCUUCCCAAGCUGCACCUCUCCUGUGUGAGCAAGGAGAGGUGGAUUACAGUGUCGCUUCCCAAGCUGCGCCUCUCCCGUGUGAGCAAGGAGAGGUGGAUGACAGCCGUGCAGCUGUCUUCCCCCCAACGCAUCACCUUUGAUGGCCGCGGCUUCAGUGACGCGCCCACCGAGACUCCCAGGCGGGUGAGUGUAGUGAGGAGAGGCACCCGAGAUGCUGUGCACCAUGAGCAGAACUCGGAGGAGCUAUGGCACAUAAUCAAUGAUACGCCAGACGCCCACCCCAUCCACCUGCACCUCAUCAUGCACCGCCCCCUCGCCCGCCGCCCCUUCAACCGCACCGCCUACCGCAACAGCCAGUGCGCUUUCCCUGGCAACUCCUCCGCCAACUCCUCCCUGCCCAGCUGCUUCACGGGGGAGGGGAGCAGCGUGAGAGUGAGUGGGAGGGCGGGCGUGGGGGAGUACGAGCGCGGGUGGAAGGACACCACUGUGCUGCAGCGGGAUGAGGUGCUCACCCUCUGGACCGGCUGGUUCUCCCAGGACGGGUCGCCGCUCCCCUUCAACCCCACGCGUGGCCCGGGGUACGUGUGGCACUGCCACAUCCUGGAGCACGAGGACAACGACAUGAUGCGGCCCCUCAUUGUCACGUAG